AUGUUUUUCCAACAGCAUCAGGUGAAGGCGGUCAGCUGUUUGGUGCAAUCGCUGAUCCCUGCAGGGGCAGCUGCCUGCCAGCUGCUGAAUUCACUGGGCUCGCAGCAAUCUCCCAAUGCAGAGGACAUUGCACAGCUGGCGUGGAUCUGCCGAGAUUUGGAGGUGGGGAGCUCCGCCUCCUUGUGGCUCGUUCCGCAGGCAUCUCAACUUCUCCUUUCUGGUGACCCACGUUGGCCAAAGGUGCUGCCGCUGCUCACCAGCCGAGAUCCAAUUGCCUACAGACAUGCUAUCCAGAUUUUGAUUCCAGAGAUGCUGCGUGGCCAAAGCACUCGCGAGGAAUUGUCGCAGGUGCUGGAGGCCUUGUCCAUGGCAAAAGAGCAAGACCUGCAACUCAUCUACCGAGUGGCCAGCAAGUGCGUGGCGUUUGCUGAGGAUGUGGACUUGCCAACAUCCGUGAAAUUAGCCUCUUGGUUGGCGCACUUGGGAGUUCGCAAGGAGAUCUUAAUGAACAAACUCGCGAGGAAUCUGGUGAAGCAUGAGAGGCAGUUCACCAGGGACAUCAUUGAGGCCGUAGUUGACUCCUGGACAACACUGCAAGUGUCCAACAAAGACUUGGCCGAGGCAGUGCGCAGAUGGUUGGCAUCUUCAGAUUUGGAGGCCUCACACAUCGAAGAACUUGAUGCACAAGUGAAGGUUCUGGAGACCAGAAGACCAGAAGCAACACCAUGGCUAAGAAAAGAUCGAAAGUCAUAG